GUUUUGGAAAGAGGAAAUUCGAUAAAAUCGGUGGUGCCUAAUAACUACGGAUAUCCUUGUCAUAUAAGAUGCUACACAAUUCAUGAGUGGACAGAUUCAACAUAAAUAUACAAGGAACACACUGACUCUAGUAAAAGUAUUUACUGAUCGUCAAACGGAGAGGAAAUUCUAAGUUAAAACGGAGAUUUUCUUUGAAAGUUUCUUUUUCGCCAACAUGGCUGGCAAAUUGUUCAUUUGCAUUCUGUGCACGACGAUGGUGAAACUUAUGCUUUGUGAAAAUGUGUUAUUCACCUCUAAUGGCACCAAUAUCCUAUACAAGAAACUGAGUACAACGGAUGAGUUUGCUAUUGCAGAUGUUGGGGAAACUGAGAGAGUUGUAGGCCUUGUAAUAGACUCAAUUAAUGGCAAAAUUUUCUGGUCAGAUGUUGGUGUAAACUCCAAUGGAAUCUACAGUGCUGAUAUUACAGAAACUGGCAUUAUAAAGUCUUCCAAACAGAAAAUAAUCAACUUUGCAUUUGAGGUAAAUGGCAUUGCCAUUGAUGGGUUAUCACGUCAUAUUUACUGGACUGAUGUACAAACAGGAAGCGUGAAUGUUGCCAACUACGAUGGGUCCUCACAUAGGAUGCUUAUUCGAAAAAAUCUUGUUAAACCUCGCUCAAUAUGGGUCAAUUCAGAGGAAGGAUGGCUCUACUGGGAUGACCAGGGUACAGGAAAGGUUGAAAGGUCAAGGUUAGAUGGCUCUGGUAGGUCAGAUAUCAUGUCUACUGGACUGAGAUGGCCCAAUGAGAUCACCCAGAAAGAUGGCAAUGUCUACUGGGUAGAGGCAUGGAACAAAACUCUUGAAUACUGGGAUGGUGACAUUGUUGAGACACUACCUCUAGAGGAGCAUACAGGAAUCGGCAACCCCAUCUUUGGACUCGCCUCCAUUGAAAAUCAUGAUUUUCUAUAUGCCUCAGUUUGGAAUGUUGGCAAAAUACUUCAAAUUGAUGUUACAAAUCGGAAAAUUGAGACAAUAACUGAAGGACUGGGAAGUGAGGCAAUGUUUGGUGUCGCCAUCUAUGUAGCAGGGUCAAGUGCAUAUUCAGCUAGUGACCCAUGUGCCAAUAACCCCUGUUCAGACCUGUGUCUACCAGUUGGAACCAGUUAUAGAUGCUCCUGUCCAUCAUUUGGUGGAAAGGUCCUAACAGGAAAUACUUGCUCAGUUCCGGAACAGAUUGUUUUGUAUGCGAGUGCAGAUGAUGGGGAAGUGGGUGUGAUGUCAUCAGGCCAGGGAGCCAAUCAGGAACGCAGCACAAUUGCCCUUAGUGUGCGUCCAGUCGCUGUAGGCUAUGACCCAGUUGAUCAGAUGGUAUAUUGGAGUGAUGUCACACUGAGGGCAAUAUACAGGGCAUCACUGACUGGUAACGGAUUAGAUAUGGAGGUGUUUCUCAACACAAGUCACUCACUGGGUGUGGUUGAUGGUUUAUACAUGGACUAUAUGAACAGACGUCUCUACUUUUCAAACAUGGGAACUGUAGGAGUUGACGAUGUUGCAUACAGCUGGCAUAAAGUAGAAAUGAUUUCACUGGAUGGAACAAAUCGUCGUGAAAUUGUUACUGACUCUCAGAACCCCCGCGAUGUUACUGUGGAUUUUGAAGGUGGAUAUUUGUACUACACGACGUGGGGAUCAGAUGCAAAGGUUGUGCGAACUUCUCUUGAUGGCCAGGAUACAACUGUGCUCAAAACUGGGCUUGAUAACCCAAAUGCUGUUGUAAUGGCUAGAGAUGACAUUUAUGUCAUAGAUUCCCAUGCUAAGACAAGAGAAGGGGGUCAAACAGGGAUAAAUGGUGCUUUAUACAAGAUGAACAAAAAUGGAGAGAAUUGGGUUAAAGUAUUGGAUGACCUACAGACACCGUUUGGAUUGGCAUCUAGUGGAGACAAGUUUUACAUCAGCGACUGGGGCAAAGAACAGAUUCUCAGUUAUUCGAUAGAUGGCGCCACAACUACCAAUGUUAUUCUUGAUGAUAUUGCUACACCCACUGCCCUUCAUAGUUCUCAAAAAAUGGUUACACUGCCAGGGGAGAGUGGAGUUUGCUCAACAGCAAGUAAUACCUGUCAAGAGAUCUGUACCACAGAACCAGGGGGCAGUGAAGUGUCAUGCUCAUGUAGCUCCUAUGAUUAUCUCCACCUUAAGGCUGGAACACAAUGUUCAGCCCCAACUAGCUUCAUUGUGUUUGCGGACUUCAACAGCAUUAAGAUCAUUGGCCUUGACUCUGACAAUCCUGAAAGCCAUGUUCUUGUGGAGGGUAACAGCUAUGUGUCCAAUUUUGUAGCUGUUGCCUUUGAUGGAAAUAGUAAAGUAUACUAUGCUGAUGUAAAUACAUAUGAGAUUUUCUACACCACACUAGAUGGCAGCACUAAACACCAGCUGGUGUUCAAAUCUGAAGACAGCAUAGAUGGCAUGGCCUUGUAUGGUGGGCGUCUCUAUUACACAAGUUUUAACCGAGGGUUGAUUGCGACUAUUAAACUAGAUGGGGAAGACAAAGAUAACAUCGAGUUAAUCUCAUUACUCGAUAGGCCACGGGCUAUAGAGGUCAAGGUCAUUGAAAGCAAACCAUAUUUGUUCUGGUCUGAGUGGGGUAACAAUACAGCUGUACAGAAGAUGCAACUCUCAUUGGAUGGACGUGCACCAGAGUCAUCAGAGAAUCUCCAGAUUUCCCCUCAACUCACUUGGCCCAAUGGACUUGCUGUGACAGAGCGUCGACUCUAUAUUGCUGAUGGCAACCCCAUGUUGCGCAAGAUUCAAAACUGCUCUUUAACUGGCCACAACUGCAAUGACUUGGGAUAUUUCACCAACAAAUCUGAGCAUCUUUAUGACAUAGAAAUGGUCUCUAUGAGCUCUGGGAAUGGCAAUGACUACAUGAUCUACACAGACUGGAAAGACAAAUCAUUAUCUAUGUACAACUUGCAAACUGGUGAUAUCACUGUUCUGGCUGACAACCUUAUGAGGCCCACUCAAGUUGCUGUUCAUAUUACAACACCAACAACCACAGAAUGUCCUAGCAACCAUGGCUGUGAAGUAGCAUGUGUGGUAGACCCCACUGGAUAUCAUUGUAGCUGUGGACUAGGAAAGACUCUCAAUGCUGAUGGCAAAACAUGCAAGACAGUGUAUGCCAAAGUGGAGAAAGUAGACAUGAGUGCAUGUUCAUCUCCCUGUGGGGAAUAUGAGGUUUGUGGUCGUACUGUGGGGUCUGCAAAUCUUGAAUGCGUCUGUGACAAAGGUCAAGGUCAUGCCAGUAAUGCAGGUUGUUAUGCAUGUGCAGUAGGUUUGUACAAAGAUUUUGUCGGCAACCAGCCUUGUAAACCGUGUCCAGAGGGGACUGGAGGAGAGGAUGUAGGGGCAACGUCAUGCUCAUGUACCUCAGAAUACACGUGGUAUGAGGGGGCAUGUAGAGUGGAUGCAUGCUUGGUUGAAGGGACAGCAUAUGCUUUAGGGGAAACCUAUUCACCUAAUAGCUGUACUACUUGUGAAUGUAAGGAUACAGGACCACAGUGCACCUCCCAGACCUGUCAGGAACUACUUUGUGAAGAGAAAGUAGUCCCAGCUAGGGAAUGCUGUCCAGUGUGCAUUAGCACAACACCUGCCCCUGUUACUACCCCUGCAAUUGGAGCUUUUACAAAUUGCAACGAAGAUGAGCAAAGUCUACAACUUGAAAAAGGACGUGAUACGAUCAAGUCAUCAUACAUGUUAGAAUACCAGCCCCAAAAUGCUACCUUGAGCUACGAGCCCAUAUCUUAUCCAUAUGUGCGUUUUACGGGACAACAGAUAGAUGUCACUGGUACAUUGAAAUGGAAUGAUAAGGUUGAACAGUGCACAUUUAAAGUUGAUGUAGAAGAUAAAGAACGCCCCACUGUUCAGUGUGAAGACGUAUCUGUAUUCUUGGGAGAGGCUGGGAAGGCUGCAAGUGUGUAUUGGAUGCCACCAAAGGUGACAGACAAUGUGGCAGAAAGCACCGAGUUGCAAGAAGAUCUUGUGUGUUCCCCCUAUUCCUCUGGAGAUCCUCUAAAAGAGGGCGCUUAUGUUGUUAACUGCAAAGUGCAAGACUCUGCAAAGAAUGAAGGGACAUGUAGCUUCAGCGUGUCUGUACAGAAAAAUGUGGGAAAGUGUCCCACUCCUCCAAACAUCACUGGUGGGAAGUUUUCCUGUAAGGGAACAGAAUGUAGCGUGACAUGCAACGAGGGACGCCAAUUCUCUGGGUCAUUUCCACCAGUAUACAGUUGCAAGACAGACACCUGGAGUCCAAAAUUUCCUAAAAACCUAGCUGCCUUUGCCUGCAAAAAACUCCGUAGCAAGCCAAUUAUGAUCCAAUCCACAAUUAAGUUAGACUACUCCGGAGAAUGCUCAACUGCAACAAAAGAACGCCUCAUAGAUGAAUCACGAACGUUGCUGAGGAAUCAUGGGGCAUGUAUGCAUUCUGGCAAUUCAUUUUGCCAGGAUGGUGCGUUCACCGCAAAAUGCGAAAAUUCUGUAAAACGAGAAGCACCUGGAACUGCAGUCAUGUGGGAUGUAGUGAUAGUAGAUAGUAUGGAUGGUACAGUUAAAGCUGAUGACAUCAACAUUGAUCUUGAUGAAGUUAUUGAGGAUAUACAGGUCAAGACUGUCACAUAUACUGUAGAUGGGGGUGAGGUGACUCUACUUGAUAUUUCAAAAGAAACAGAAUCAAGGAAAGCUGCAUGUCCCCCUGGUGAAAUAGUCAGUAAUCAGAACUGUGAGAUCUGUCCAGCUGGAAGUAAACAAGAAGAUGCUGAUUGUGUUGUGUGUCCGAUUGGUGAAUACCAAGGAUAUGAGGGGUCCACAUCGUGUGAUAAAUGUCCUGAGGGCACAACAACAGAUCUGACAGGCUCCUUCACAUUGCAGCAAUGUCGUCCUAUUGUUAAAAAUCCUGAGAAAACAAUGAUGAAGGACACUCCUGUGGGACUUAUUGUUGGUGUCGUUGUAGCAGUCAUCGUGUUGAUCAUUGUCAUUGUUGUUGUCGUUUGUCUGAUGAACAGGCGGAAUCGUAAACCAGCUGGCUACCUUCAAGCAGAUGACGGGGGUGAAUUGCGUGCAUACAACAGUCCCAUCACUAGGGAGUUCAACAACCCUGCUUACGACCUUGUGGGCGAGAAAGCAGAUGAUAAUGGCUAUGCAUCCUUGGAUAAACCCUCUGAACACCAAUAUGCAACCCUAUGUGAGGCAAGGAGUGGGGAAGUCAAUGAUCCCAGUCCAAGUGACGCAUUGACAACCUUUAAACCUAAAGUAACCACUACAAUUGACAAUAAUUAUUGUUGAUGAAUUAAAAAUGACCCUGGAUAUGAGAUGGAUUUGACUUCUUUACAUGGACAUGAUGUUGGGAUUUAGUAGUCUUGUUAAAUAUUAUUUGUGGACAUUUACUUUUUUAGAUAAUUAUUGGUUAAUUUUUUUGAUUGUCAUGAUGUUAAGCAUGGACAAUUAGAUUUUUGGGGUUAUUA